AUCUUCUCAAAUAGAAGAGCCAUGGAGUUUAGACAGAACGAUGACUGUAUUGUUUGUGAUGAUUGUGGGAAACAAUUUAUUUGUGGUGAUUGUCCUGAUCAUGGUCCAUUGGAAUGGUGUGAUGAGAACCAGCUGUCAAAUGAAACACCUCAAAGUGAUCAAGCAAAGCUAACCCUCCCUAACAAUCUGAACAUCAUGCCGUCUGCAGCGUGGCAGGGCCAGCUGGGUGUGUUUACAAAGGCAAGGAUUGAGAAACGAGUGAUGUUUGGACCCUUUAGAGGACAGAAGAUUCCUGCCAAAGAGGUUGCUCUAGGAGAAGACCACAAUUUUAAAUAUAUGUGGGAUAUACUAGAAGGUGGAAAAGUCAGUCACAUAAUUGAUGGAUCAGAUGAACAGAACAGCAACUGGAUGAGGUUUGUCAACUGUGCACGUGAAAGCAAAGAACAGAACUUAGAGGUAGUGCAGUUCUGUGGUGAGAUCUACUACAAGACAUGCAGCCAUGUUGAGUCUGGUACCGAGCUGUUGGUGUGGUAUGGAGACAGUUUUUCAGUGAAGGGUGACAGCUUAACCCAGAAGGAUGGUCAUGAUUAUAAGUGUGAUAUUUGUGGGUUGGUGUUUGCUGGGUCAACCUUUCUUCGACGUCAUAAGGCAGUUCGCUGUCCAGACCUAUCGCCUGAUGAGGUAAAAACUGCGCAUGACCAGAUAGCUAUAGAGCGUGAGCCCGCGCAAUCAUCUGUCGUUAAGAAUACUAAUAACGAGGAUGGUACAUCGCCUGUUGAUGCAGAGUCGUUGUAUAUUGUCGACAUUGGGACCACAAUCAACGGAACCAACAGUACGGUGGUCGAGGAGGGUUCACGUUAUGUCCGUGUGCUCCAGUUGGACCCUGCAUCCAGCUCGCGAACUUCAAAACGAAGAGGAUUAAAACAAGUGAAGCAGGCGGGAACAACAAAAGUCGCAACCACAAGAAAUCCCCACGCACAGAAAACGAGAAAAGCAAAGGAAAAUUCGGGGAAAUCAAAUGUAUCGGAGGCUCGGAAAAAAGUUUCCUCAGAUACUAAAAAAGCGCGAAGUACAUCGUCUGGUAAGAAAUCUCUGUCAUCUGAGCGAACUUCCUCUAGGGCCAAAAGUACUUCAGCGUCCCGCCUUGGAGGAGUAGAAGAAAGCAAGGAAGCUUCGUCAGGAUCAGAUAACUCCCAAGUCCAGAAAAACGCCAGAAACUCGAAAGCGAAAAGAGACAUGUCUGCUAAUUGCACGAGAAGUCACAGUGAUGCUGAUGAGGACAUAAUGGUGACGGAAGAAUCUUCGAGAAAUGAAAUAAAUGAAUCAGCGAAGAAGUCAAAGUCUCAAGAAGCAGGAAAAGAACUAAACAAUUCAAAAUCUUCCUCAUCUCGGAAAAGACCAAGUGAAGUGGACGGGGAUUCAACUGGAGGUGCGGAGAAGAAAAGGAAAAGGACCGCGCUUGCAGAUAAGCCCAUAUUCACCUGUGAGCAAUGCUGCAGAAACUUCAAGUGGAAGUCUCAGCUAAACUACCAUAUGCGAAGUCACUCGGAAAUUAAGGAAUUUGUUUGUUCUUUUUGUGAUAAGCGUCUCUCCCAGUUGUCUUCCCUAAAGAGACAUUUACGCGUGCAUAGUGGAGAGAAGCCGUUCUGAUGCGAAGAAUGUGGCAAGAGGUUUGUGGAAAAGGGGAAGCUUACACUUCAUGUGCGCAAACAUUCUGGGGAACCACUGGAGAAGAAGCACAAGUGUUCCAUAUGCGACAGAGGUUUCACGCUAAGUGCAAAUCUGCGUACUCACAUGCGAACACACACUGGUGAAAAGCCUUACCCUUGCCCUCAGUGUGGCAAAGGUUUUAAACGGAGCUCAGAUAUCAUCAGCCACCUCCGGAGUCACACAGGUGAGCGGCCCUAUAAGUGUUCUCAUUGUGACAAGUGUUUCACAAUGAUCUCACACCGAAACAGGCACGAGGUCAUUCACACUGGAGAGAAGCCGUUCAAGUGUGAGUUGUGCGGAAAAGGGUUUACCCAGCCAAACUCGGUCAAAGCUCACUUGAAAGUCCACGAAAGAAGGCUAGCCAAGCUUUCAGGCCAAGAAAUGAGACAAGGAAAACAAGAGAAAAAUUGCCAAUAUGGAGAGAUACCGACGGAUGUUCGGUCUGUAACAGACGAUGAAUUGUACCAAGGAGUCCUGCAUAGCGUAGCCUCAGGACAGGGGACUCGUGAAGAGAGAACGGAAAAAUUACAGGGUGUGAUAACACAGAUAACGGAAAAUGAACAUUUGGAGGUACCUAUAGACAUUAUGCACCAGAAGGACUCAGAAAAUGCACAGGUAGAUCAAGAACCAAGGCCUACUGUACAACCCGAGGACUUCUCCCUGAGUAGUGAUAACUUAGAAGGACGUGUAGGAGAAGACGUAGCUUCGACAGAUACAACAGAACUUACAACGAUUGCACCAGAACAGUUAAAGUUAAGCUAUACUGGUCAAGAUAGCACCAGUGAGCAACUAACUUUUGAUAACACCCUUGUCAAUAGUAAAGCACUCAUGCGAAUUAGCAGCGCGGCGCUAAGCGAUGGUGCUGAACACCGUCGGUUAGAGCUGGCUCCAGCCAGUGUACAAGAUCAGCCGCAGCAGAAUGAAGGAAAUGAGACAACACUUUUUGCACUUUUUAUUCGUAAACACCUAAAUUUGUUGCCGCAAAAUACAAAAGAUCGCCGAAUUAUAACCAAAUCGCCAAAUAUAACUUCAGAAAAAAAUCUCAGACCGACAGACAGAGAGACAAAGGGAAUAAAUUAG